AGCGAAGCGAAACGGAACAUCAAAAAACCCCCACCACCAUGACCGCCGACACCUUGCCCAUCACCGUGGAGUUCAGCGGCGGAUUGGAACUCCUCUUCGCCAACAAGCGCACGCACAAGCUGCAGCUGCCAGCUGUCGACCCAUCCACGGCGUCCGCAACAACGAUCGCGUACCUCGUAGACCACCUAUCCACGCUGAUGGCGGACUCGCGGAAGGAGCUAUUUAUUGUCGAUGGAACAGUGCGGCCGGGGAUCCUGGUGCUCAUCAAUGAUGCCGACUGGGAGCUCGAGGACGAGGAGCGGUAUGUCCUCCAGGCUGGGGAUACAGUGCUGUUUGUAUCCACUCUGCAUGGUGGCUAGAAUACAUCAUUGCUUGCUUGCUGGCCGUGUGUAGUGAUCGAAACAACCCCCGCCUGAACCAAUAGUUUGAUCAUCGUUUGUCACCCGCUCGGCAUAAUUGAUCGAUCCACCCGUAGG